AUGGGUCGGAGAAAGAUUGAGAUCAAGGCCAUCAAAGAUGACCGCAAUCGCUCAGUCACGUUUUUGAAAAGAAAAGGGGGUCUGUUCAAGAAAGCGCAUGAGCUGGCUGUUCUGUGCUCCGUUGACGUAGCUGUCAUUAUCUUUGGUCAUAACAAGAAGCUAUACGAGUACUCGUCAUGCGACAUGCAUGAGGCUCUCGGCCGCUAUCAAUAUUUCGGCCCUCCUCACGAGCACAAAGGACCAGAUGAUUUUGCGGGCAAGCGAGAUGACGAGGAGGAGGAAGAUGAAGCGUCACCAGCUCCCGAUGAGAUUCAAGCAAUUCAGCAGAACCACCCCGCCAUCCCCCCUCACCUCCAAAACCAGCCCGCUUUCCAGCACAUGAACCAUGCAAACCAUGCACCUUCCGCGUCACCCCCGAUCCAUCAUGCCAUGACACGCCAUGGCACCCCGCAAUCACAAGGCACCUCGCGUCCCUCUUCAAGGAAUCACAUCCGCAGAGUCAGCUCGAACCUAGGCCCACAGCAACAUGGUACACCUCCGCCGCCACCCGUCCCCCAGAAUGGUGGGUUUACCUAUAUGCCCAAUCCGUCGAUGUACAACCCGAAUAUCCAUGCAAUGAAUCAGCAACCUCGACCGGGACAGUUUGCACAUUAUGGACACCCACCAGGACCGCAUCAAGGGACGCCUCCUAUGCACCCGCACGGUAUACCGCAACAGAUGCCACCGCAGCAUCAGGGCCCACAGCAUUACCAACAGCACGGCCAUGCAAUAGGUAUGCCUCCCGGGCCCCAUCAACAGGUGCAGCAAGCGUACAUGCAGGAACAUGGAAGAAACUCAAUACCGCCGGGGUUCGCACCUGAUGGUCACCAAGAACGACCUGGUCCAGAUCACACCCAGGAGGAUUCAUCGGGAGCGAUGAAAGCAGAGCACAGCCAAUCGCCGCCUCAAAUGAAGUCGCUGUCUAAAUCACGUAGUAUUUUCACGCCGAUCGAUGAUCGAGGAUCUGUGCUCGCCCGUCAUUUCGGAGCCGGGGCACCAUCCUAUGAACCUCACAAUAACCAUUCUCUCAAACUAGAAGCUUUACCACAGUCCUCAUCUGGUCCCAAAGCAAUGGCCGUCAGAGCUGCAACAGAAGCUCCUCGUGGAGCAUCAAUGGCGUCGGCGUCGGCGUCGGAAAUCAAAGCACCAUCUCGAACUAACAGUGGACCGUUGCCAUCUAAAAGACCGCAAUUAAAGGUGCAGAUUCCUAGUGAAACCUCUGAUGCUGGCAGCGCCACAGCCGACUCGUCCCGAGAUUCCGCUGGGAAUAAAACCUCCACGCCCGCGAAAGGAAGUGCCGAAAAUGGUCCCUCGGGCGUGGUCUUGCCCCCUCCAUCGCCCUCAGCCGGCGCAAUACUGAGCGCAGGAGCCCAAGGCCCUCCAAAUCCAUUCGCGCGACCGCCUCCCCCCGUUGCCACGACUCGAAAUGACUCUUACGGCAGCAACAGUGGAAACCCGAACAAUGGGAAUAACUCGAAUAACAUCGAGACGCCCAUAUCAGCCUUGCCCAGCCGCUUUGUCUCCGAUGCACUCCUCCCGUCACCCUCUAGCUUCUUCCCCGAAUGGGGCUUUGGCCGCUCAGGCCCAGACUCCAACAUGCUGCCCAGUCCACUCACCUUCCCGACUCCGGCAGUGCAAAGCGGUCCUAGCUUUGCUCGAGAAGACGAACAAGACAAGAAGAGAAAAAGUCCCGAGGGGGGAACCGCAGGGGAUGGUGCAAAUAAAAAGCCGAAAACUUGA